UCAGCAAAACUCAAAGAAAAUAAGAAGAAUUGGUUUGGACCAAGUCCUUAUGUGGAAGUCAUAGUAGAUGGACAGUCAAAGAAGACAGAAAAAUGUAACAAUACAAAUAGUCCCAAAUGGAAGCAACCCAUCACAGUUAUCGUCACCCCUGUGAGUAAAUUACAUUUUCGUGUAUGGAGUCACCAGACAUUAAAAUCUGAUGUUUUAUUGGGAAGUGCUGCCUUAGAUAUUUAUGAAACAUUAAAGUCAAACAAUAUGAAACUUGAAGAAGUAGUUGUGACUUUGCAACUUGUAGGUGACAAAGAGCCAACAGAGACAAUAGGAGACUUGUCAGUUUGUCUUGAUGGACUUCAGUUAGAGUCUGAAGUUGUUACUAAUGGUGAAACUACAUGCUCAGAAAGUACUUCACAGAAUGAUGAUGGCUCCAUGUCCAAGGAUGAAACAAGAGCGUGCACAAAUGAAUCGGAUGACCCAGAGGAUGCAGGGUCUGGUGAAAAUAGGAGGGUCAAUGGGAAUAAUUCUCCAUCACUCUCAAAUGGUGGUUUUAAACCUUCUAGGCCUCCAAGACCAUCACGACCACCUCCACCUACCCCACGUAGACCAGCAUCUGUCAAUGGUUCUCCAUCUGCCACUUCAGAAAGCGAUGGAUCUAGUACAGGCUCUUUGCCACCAACAAAUACAAAUUCAAAUAUGUCUGAAGGAGCUACAUCUGGAUUAAUAAUUCCUCUUACUAUUUCUGGAGGCACAGGCCCUAGACCUUUAAAUCCUGUCACUCAAGCUCCCCUACCACCUGGUUGGGAGCAGAGAAUGGACCAACAUGGGCGAGUCUACUAUGUAGAUCAUGUUGAGAAAAGAACGACAUGGGACAGACCAGAACCUCUACCUCCUGGUUGGGAACGGCGGGUUGACAACAUGGGACGUAUUUAUUAUGUUGACCAUUUUACAAGAACAACUACAUGGCAGAGGCCAACAUUGGAGUCCGUCCGUAACUAUGAACAGUGGCAGCUACAACGAAGUCAGCUUCAAGGAGCAAUGCAGCAGUUUAACCAGAGAUUCAUUUAUGGGAAUCAAGAUUUGUUUGCUACAUCACAAAGUAAGGAAUUUGAUCCCCUGGGUCCACUGCCAUCUGGAUGGGAGAAGAGAACGGACAGCAAUGGCAGAGUAUAUUUUGUCAACCACAACACUCGUAUUACACAAUGGGAAGACCCCAGAAAUCAAGGUCAAUUAAAUGAAAAGCCUUUACCAGAAGGCUGGGAAAUGAGAUUCACUGUGGAUGGAAUUCCAUAUUUUGUGGACCACAAUAGAAGAACAACCACCUAUAUAGAUCCCCGUACAGGAAAAUCUGCCUUAGACAAUGGACCCCAGAUAGCCUAUGUUCGUGACUUCAAGGCAAAGGUUCAGUAUUUCCGGUUCUGGUGUCAGCAACUGGCCAUGCCUCAGCACAUAAAGAUUACAGUGACAAGAAAAACAUUGUUUGAGGAUUCUUUUCAGCAGAUAAUGAGCUUCAGUCCCCAGGAUCUGCGAAGACGUUUGUGGGUGAUUUUCCCAGGAGAAGAAGGUUUAGAUUAUGGAGGUGUAGCAAGAGAAUGGUUCUUUCUUUUGUCACAUGAGGUGCUGAAUCCAAUGUAUUGCCUAUUUGAAUAUGCAGGGAAGGAUAACUACUGUUUGCAGAUAAACCCUGCUUCUUACAUCAAUCCAGAUCACCUGAAAUAUUUUCAUUUUAUUGGCAGAUUUAUUGCCAUGGCUCUGUUCCAUGGGAAAUUCAUAGACACAGGCUUUUCUUUGCCAUUCUACAAGCGUAUCUUGAACAAAGCUGUUGGACUCAAAGAUUUAGAAUCUAUUGAUCCAGAAUUUUAUAAUUCUCUCAUCUGGGUUAAAGAAAAUAAUAUUGAAGAAUGUGGUUUGGAAAUGUACUUUUCUGUUGAUAAGGAAAUUUUGGGUGAAAUUAAGAGCCAUGAUUUGAAACCCAAUGGUGGCAAUAUUCUUGUGACAGAAGAAAAUAAAGAGGAAUACAUCAGAAUGGUAGCUGAAUGGAGGUUAUCUCGUGGUGUUGAAGAACAGACACAAGCUUUCUUUGAGGGCUUCAAUGAAAUACUUCCUCAGCAGUAUUUGCAGUAUUUUGAUGCAAAAGAAUUGGAGGUCCUUUUAUGUGGAAUGCAAGAAAUUGAUUUAAAUGACUGGCAAAGACAUGCCAUCUACCGUCAUUACACCAGGACAAGCAAGCAAAUCAUGUGGUUUUGGCAGUUUGUCAAAGAAAUCGAUAAUGAGAAGAGAAUGAGGCUUCUGCAGUUUGUAACUGGAACUUGCCGAUUGCCCGUUGGAGGAUUUGCUGACCUCAUGGGGAGCAAUGGACCGCAGAAGUUUUGCAUUGAAAAAGUUGGGAAAGAAAAUUGGUUACCCAGAAGCCAUACAUGUUUUAACCGCCUGGACCUGCCACCCUAUAAGAGUUAUGAGCAACUCAAAGAAAAACUGUUAUUUGCCAUUGAAGAAACAGAAGGAUUUGGACAAGAAUAACUUCUGAGAAUUUGCACCACCAAAGGACAAGAACACAUUUAUAAUGUUUGUCCUUUGCCCUCUUUGCCUGUUGCACAUCUUGUUGUAAAUUGGACUGUGACUGUUUAGAGAGUUAUCUGUGUGUACGUAAAUUCCUGUUAUCAUU